CAGUAUUCCCUUGCUUGCAUGUAAAGUUGCGCAUUCAAACGACGUCACAUAAAGACGCAGGUAGGCAGCAGCAGCAGCAGGAGGAGGAGGAGCCGGUCAAGGUGCACUGACAGCGCCACAGGAAAGGAAGACUCGUCCUUGCUUUAAUUUAUUUCCUGAGGGGGGGGGAAAGAUGUCAUUGAGCCGAGAGAGCGUUGUCUCCGUGCUCGUGUCCGCGGGCGGCCGUGUGAGCAAAGCCAAGCUGCUGGCGAGCUUUCGAGGCGCGCUCGAGUGCGACGACCGCGACGAGAAGGCUCGCAACAGGGAACUCUUCAAGAGCCUCGUCAACAGCGUCGCGUACGUGAGGCGCGGCGACGACGGCGUGCCGUACGUGCUGCUCAAGAAGGCCUACAACCGCCGCACGGGGACACAGCAGGACGAGGGACAGCCUGCAGGGACGGCGAGCUGUGCUGGAAGGGAACAUGGAGGCAAGCAGGAGCAGGAGUGUCCACCUGAGAAUGUCGAGGACUCCAAGAGUUGCGCUGGACAUGAGCAGGGAGGGAGCCUGCAGACAGGUGAGCAAAGUCAACCUGAGACUGGGAGAUUUUGUGGACAGGAACAAGAAAGUGAGCAGGAGCAGUGUCCACCUGACACUGCAAGACGUGCCCUGGAGGGACAGGAACAUCGUUGCCAGACAGGGGAACAGCAGAAGGGUCCGAUUGCUACUGUUUUGAACACAAAAAGACUUCCUGGACAGGAACAGGAUCAGUGUCCAAAGAAAAAGGAACAGGGUCAAUUUGAGGAUGUUGUGAAUGCACAGAGACGUGAGAGACAGGAACAGAAUUGCGAGCUGCAGCGGGGCCCAACUGAGACUGUUCUGGAUGUUCAGAGAAAAGUUGAGCGGCUGGAUCAGGGUCAACCUGAGACUGUUGCUAACCUAAUGAGACAUGCUGGACAGGAACAGGAGGGCGAUCAGGAGCAAUGCUGUCCUGAACGGGAACAGGAGCAGUGUCUUCAGACAGGUGAUCUGGAGCAGGGUCUAUCUGAGACUGCUGUGAAUGCAAAGAGACAUGCUGGACAGAAACAGGAAUGGGAGAAGAAGAAGCAGGACCCGAAGAGAUCUGCUCGAAAGGAAGAGGAAGAGAGCUUACAGACAGGUGAGCAGGGGAAGGGUCUACCUGAGUCCAGAGGGAACUCAAAGAGCAGAGCUGAACAGGAACAGGGACGCACAGAACAUCUCUCUCCUUUCGAGCUAGCCUUGCAGAGGAGCAAAUGUUCCGACAUGAGAAUCAAGCAGAGCCAGAAUGUGGAGGUGGCUCCAAAGCCAUAUGCUUUACCCCUGAGGAUGCCCCCCACGAGCAGGGCCGAGGUCCCCAAAAAGAAACCCGACCUGGACGAGCCCCCCAAAGUGGAUCCCUUACGAAGCAAAGCGAAGCCUGCCAAGGUGUCUGACGAGUCCAGAAUCCCGUCGGCGGUGCCGCUGGAGCCGUCGGAGCACGAGUGGUUGGUCAAGUGCGCCUCGGGCCACUGGAGCCAGGUCUACGGGCUCCUCCUGAGGGACCGCCAGCUGGCUGACAAGCGAGACUUCAUGUCGGGGUUCACCGCCCUGCACUGGGCAGCCAAGUGCGGCAACAGCGACAUGCUGGUAAAGAUCCUGGACACGUCCCGGGAGGGCGGCGCGGCUGUGGACAUCAACGCCAGGACCCACGGUGGCUACACGGCCUUGCACGUGGCCGCCUUGCACCGGCAAGACUACGUGGUGGCCAUGCUGGUGGGUGAGUACGGCGCAGACGUGAGGGUCAGGGACAACGACGGCAAGAGAGCGUAUCACUACCUGCACUCGGAUGCCGCGCAGAGUAUCAGAGAGAUGUUGGGUGAACCCAAAUCUCAGCAAGCCCCCCACAGACCUGAGGAGGCUGAGAUUUUCCCGGAGCUGUCCAAGGGUCUGCAUUCCAUAAGUCGUUUGUUCCAGCCACACCUGUCGGCCCAACGGAAGAAGCACAAGCAGAGGCCCGCCUUCUACUCGCUGGGGGACGACCCCCAGGACCAACGACACGACAACGCCUUCAGGCAACGACUUGCUUCGGACGCUUUUGCAUAGAGUCCCUUCUAGUAGAUGAAUCCUUGCAUAGUCGCUGUUCAGCAAUCAUGUAUUAGAUUUUUUGUGCUCAGGCCAAAACCAUCUCUAAUAUGAAAACAUUAUUUUAGUGCCAACUUGUGGCAUCUUGGUGUCAAGGAACUAUGUUGAAGUGAAUCCUCGCAUAUUCACGGUUUAGGAUUGGUGAAUUUGCCUAUUUUCAGAUUUUGGGGGAAACCCCUAAUUGAGUAUGAUGCCCAUUCCUAUUGUUUUUGUUUCUAUGUAUUUUUUAUUUAAUAAGUUAUUUUGACAAAAUAAACACAAAAUUGUAGCGGUGUUGGAAAAUUAGGCAGAACAUUAAAAAUAUCAUAAUAUAGUAACGCGAAAAGAAUCCCAAUGACAUCGUGACAUACCGUCUGUUGUUAAUUUCCAACGCAUCGAUUAUCGCACAGAGUAUCCUGAUACUAAUGGCAAAGUGUCGUGAGAUUGUAUUAUAAUACAGCAUCGAUACGCUACCGUUAAAUAUCAAUAUUUGUAUUAAGAAAGUAAGGAAAGUAAAGGUACAAGUUUAGUUUGAGUAACUAUGGUAUUAAUAGAAGCAUCCCAUGAUAAUAUAUAUACAGUAUAUUAUUAUUAUUUUGUCAUGCUCAAUGAACCUGGAAGUAGCCUGCUAACAAAAACACUUAUUUUGCACUUUAGUGCCUUUCCUGAGGUCUGCGGAUAUGUUGUUAUUAUUAUUAUUAUUAAUCAGUUUAUUUGAAAGGGGACAAUGCAAUUUCAUAAAACACAUGAAAUAAAAAUUAUUAUUAAUCAGUUUAUUUCAUAAAACACAUGAACUAAAAAUUAUUAUUAAUCAGUUUAUUUGAAAGGGGACAAUGCAAUUUCAUAAAACACAUGGUUAAAAAAGCCAGAAUUAGCCAGAAGGCUAGUUUUCAUCUGUAGUCCCCUGGCCAUGAUGUAAAAAAGCAGUAAAAUACAUCUACAAGACAAUAUAAUACAGGAUACAUAAUCAAAGACUUACUAUACUAUUAAGAGAGAAUAAAACCACAAAUCAUUUGAUCAUAACAAAAAAAAAACAUCAUAACAUACUUGUCUUUUAGUGCUGGCAGCUAUAGGUGUUAACUAGCCACAUUUUCAGUUUUUUGUGUGAAGGCCUUGUAUGUUGUAAGCAGUGUGACUUACAUGGGAAUGUGAUUCAGCAGUGAUUCACAUGGCUCUACUCAAGGUGUUUCACAGUUAGUCAUUGUCCCUGAAGGCAUUGUCUCCCUGCAGCCAUGUGUGAUAUUACAAAUGAAAGGGAUCUGUCGGAACGUAACUUAAUGUGAUGUAAAUACCUACGCCAAGGAUGUUGUUGGGGCAUGGGACAAGGAAGAAGCCAUGAUAUAUCAUUUUGGUCAUAAUUUAUUGGUAAAUAAUAACAAGGCAUAUGCAUUACGCGGGAGACUAUGUAGGUGAAGAUCCAAAUUACGAUUGUUGUGCCAAUCAAUAAACGACUCUCCAUUUUU